CUCAGCGCGUGUAGACAGACCAUGGCCGUUCUGGUCAUGGCCAACCCUUCUACCUUGCCUGCUUUCACACCCAGAGGUGGCCGGUUCCUCCUGCUGGUGCCAUCCCCAGCCUGUUCAACAGCGUAGCUCUGGCACACCACCAUCGCUUCUCUGGCUUGGGAGCCAGACGUUGGCCAGUCUUCCUUGACGCUAAGCAGUUCCAGGGAAGGGGCUGGAGAAACUAAAAAAGCCCAGCCCUCUCAGCUGUCAGAUGCGGUGAUCUCCAUGGUAACUCAAACCCCCAGACUCUCGACAGCAGCCUGCGAGGAGCAGCAUUCAGCAGCUCAAGGGUCUCACGACCAGAGCGUGGAUCACACUUCUCGUAAACCUCAUCAUAUUGAGGUUGGGCUAAGAUGAGCAUAACCAGUGACGAAGUGAAUUUCUUGGUGUAUCGCUAUCUCCAGGAAUCGGGUUUCUCCCACUCGGCCUUCACCUUCGGUAUCGAGAGCCACAUCAGCCAGUCCAACAUCAACGGAACACUAGUGCCACCUGCCGCACUCAUCUCCAUCCUCCAGAAGGGGCUCCAGUAUGUGGAGGCUGAGAUCAGCAUCAAUGAAGAUGGUACAGUAUUUGACGGCAGGCCAAUAGAGUCACUGUCUCUGAUAGACGCGGUGAUGCCUGAUGUUGUACAGACCCGGCAGCAAGCAUUCAGAGAGAAACUAGCACAGCAACAAGCCAGUGCAGCGGCGGCAGCGGCAGCAACGGCAGCAACAGCGGGAGCAACGACGACUGCUGUUUCCCAGCAGAACACACCAAAGAACGGAGAAGCCACUGUGAAUGGAGAGGAGAAUGGGGCACAUGCAAUAAAUAAUCAUUCAAAGCCAAUGGAAAUUGACGGGGAUGUUGAAAUUCCUCCUAACAAAGCAACAGUCCUUCGGGGCCAUGAAUCAGAGGUGUUCAUCUGUGCCUGGAACCCUGUCAGUGACCUGCUAGCAUCUGGAUCUGGAGACUCAACAGCCAGAAUAUGGAAUCUCAAUGAAAACAGCAACAGUGGUUCCACUCAACUAGUUUUGAGGCACUGCAUAAGAGAAGGAGGACAUGAUGUCCCCAGCAAUAAGGAUGUGACUUCAUUGGACUGGAAUAGUGAUGGAACACUAUUGGCUACAGGCUCGUAUGAUGGUUUUGCAAGAAUAUGGACAGAAGAUGGUAACCUUGCAAGCACCUUAGGUCAACAUAAAGGUCCAAUAUUUGCCCUGAAAUGGAACAAAAAGGGGAAUUAUAUUUUAAGUGCUGGUGUUGAUAAAACAACAAUAAUCUGGGAUGCUCACACAGGAGAAGCUAAACAGCAGUUUCCUUUCCAUUCAGCUCCUGCUCUGGAUGUAGACUGGCAGAACAACACUACUUUUGCCUCCUGCAGCACUGACAUGUGCAUUCAUGUAUGCAGACUUGGCUGUGAUCGUCCUGUUAAAACCUUCCAAGGACACACAAACGAGGUUAAUGCAAUCAAAUGGGACCCAUCUGGCAUGCUACUAGCAUCUUGCUCCGAUGAUAUGACAUUAAAGAUUUGGAGUAUGAAGCAAGAUACCUGUGUACAUGAUCUUCAGGCUCACAGCAAAGAGAUUUAUACUAUCAAAUGGAGUCCUACAGGACCAGGCACCAGCAACCCAAACUCCAACAUCAUGUUAGCAAGUGCGUCGUUUGAUUCCACUGUUCGGCUGUGGGACGUUGACCGAGGAGUCUGCAUCCAUACGUUAACAAAACAUCAAGAGCCUGUCUACAGUGUAGCUUUUAGUCCUGACGGAAAAUAUCUAGCCAGUGGGUCCUUUGACAAAUGUGUCCAUAUAUGGAAUACUCAGAGUGGAACUCUAGUACAUAGCUACCGAGGCACCGGGGGCAUCUUUGAAGUCUGCUGGAAUGCUAGAGGAGACAAAGUGGGAGCAAGCGCAUCAGACGGAUCGGUUUGUGUUCUAGAUCUGCGGAAGUAAAAGUGAAACGUUUUAGAAGAAAUUUCAAAUGGACCAGCAGUGAAUGUGUGGGGAGAAGCACUCUUCAAAACUAUUCUUAACAGCUCCAGAACUGUACGAACUUGAACAAAGUUAGAGUGUACCGUGAAACCAACUCUCCCUGGCCACAGGUGUCUAGUAUUUUGUCCGUAACCUUCAUCAAGGAGUAAAAACACAGUCACUUCAGAGGGGGAGGGAAUGGUUUCCACCUGGAACAUUCAGCCUUGGAAGCAUGAAGCCACCAGCUAGGCAUUGCACUGUUUGGUUUGCGUCUGAGAACUUGCUCUGAUGGCUGGGAAAAAAAAGCUGUGCCAAAAAAAAUUAAUAAAAAAAAAAAGAAAAAUGCUGUGAUAAACCAAAAGGGAAAAAAAAUCCUCCUCCAUGCGGUGUUGUAUUUUUUCCUUCCAAUUUGGACACUACAGUUGCUCUCCCAAAGGACGUUCAAAGACCAGUUUGUACUGAUGAAAUGCUCAACUUUGUAAUCACAACACUUUCUAUUUUCUAGACUACUUUUUUUGUUCAGUGGUUUUUCUAUCAGCUGGAAUAUUACAGCCUGGAGGAUCCCAGGCUUAGGAUGAAACCUUUGUUUUCCUUUUAUUUCUCCCUUCCGCUCCCAACUUCUCCUUCCUUGUUUUUCUCCUCUUUCUUCUUGCCCUUUUUUUUUUCUUUUUUCCCUGUAUGCCCAUAGUAGAUGCAGCCAGGUGGACAUGACAAUGAAAAUUUUUGACAGACUGCUUCUCCUCUCUUCUCUCUCUUCCUUUUCCUUUCUUUCUCUCCGUUUAAAAGAAAAAAAAAUCCUCCAUGCUUCAGAUCUUAGCGUCUCAAGGGCACUUUCAGCAAAUUGUGUAAUAAGUGCUUUAUAUAAGAAUGCAGUGCUGGGGAAGAUUUUUACAGGAGAAAGAUGACUUUUAACAGAAAGAACCCAGUGUAUUUUUGGAAAAAAAAUAUUUUUUAUGUUAAACAGUUUUAAAAGCCUAAAAUGGCCACCAAAUGUAGACCAGUUGUGUAAUUCAAGCAAAAAGAAUGACACAGAGUCCAAGGAGCAUGAAAGGUGCAGUAUCCUUUUUCUCUUCUCUCUGAGAAAGUGUUGUAAGAAAAAAAUGCCAUUUGAUACAACAAAUACCAGUCAUUUACUAAGAGUCCUCUUCCAGCAGCCGGCCAUUUAUACAGUCUCAUUUCAUUUUUGAGGCUGUUUGGCGAUGCACGUGUAUUAAAAGGGAUUCGUAAAUUUGAGACUAUAAAUACAGCAUUCAUUUUCUUGAGUCCAUACUUUCGUUUGUCCUUCGUAACCAGGGGAAAACGAUUGUUUAUCUUCUUUCCUCUAGCAGUAGCUCAAAUGUCAUACAGAACGUGGGUUUGGUUGCCCAUGGCCAUGCUGAGCAGUGCUGUCCUCCAUUACCCAAUCCACUCAGCUGUUUCUCUUCCAGAGACUUAAUGGGACCACUUGGACCAAGAUCUGUUGGCUGCAUCUGUCAUUGUUGAAGAACGGACCCUUGCCAAGCUGCUCUCCAUCCAUGGUCAGCACACACCUGGAGGCAGCUCUUCCACUGCAUCGGGCAGUCUGUGGUGCUCCUGUCUCCCUCAGCCGUCUGCAUUCUGCAUGCUACAAGGAAAGCUCUGGGUCUGCCCAGACAGGUUUAGCCUUGUGGGUGUCCUCACUGCGGUGCUCGGAAGACCACGUAGAACUCUCCAUUAGGUGAGGAUGUGAAAAAGGAUAUAUAAAUUAUGUCUCAACAUAUAUACCACAAAGUUACAGUGGGUGAAACGAUUGGAAGAAUGACAAUAAAGACUUCUAACGCACCACCUCUCCACUUUGGACAUGAUUUCCUCUGCAAACUACGCAUCUGCAGGGACGCUACUGAAGACAACAUUACUCUAAGAGCAAAUGAUGGAUGCAAAGGAUGCGCAGGCAGGGUUUACUGAAAGUGCUGUAAACUGUAAGGCAACCUUGGGGUGGUGGCAGCCGUUAUUUAAAGAAAUCCUGAGAACUGGCUGAGUCAAACAGGUGUCCUCCCUAGCCCACAGGCUGGGCUAGGAUUUGUAGGAGAGAGAAAACCAAACAAGCGGCGAACCCCCUUAACAUCAUGUAGUACCUUCCUGCCCAAUGUCGCUAUUUCUGUAAAACAGGAUCUUCCCUUUGAUUUGACAGCAGCUGCUGAAGUGGUGAUUUGAUCUGAGCAAAACCAAAACCAGAGCCCUACUGGUGGUGCGGGACCUGCCAGGCAUCAUGGCAUCAUCAUGGCAUCGUACCUCGUUUUUUCUCCUGUGUUUUCCUCUCUUUAUGCUU